AUGGGGUUAGCUCCAGGUCCGUUUUGCGGAUCAGUAUUAGCAGAUUUUGGAGCUACUGUUACUGUUAUCCAAAAGAUUAGUCCACUGUCCAACGUAUUUGAUGUGAUGUCAAAUGGCAAACAAAUGGUUAAUAUUAACUUAAAAUCUGAUAAAGGUAUUGAAAUAUUGAAGAAAAUGUGUUCUUCAUCAGACAUUUUAUUAGACACUUAUCGCCCUGGAGUCAUGGAAAAAUUAGGAUUAAGUCCAGAUGUACUUUUAAAGGACAAUCCUCGCUUAAUAUAUGCUCGAUUAUCUGGCUUUGGGCAAAAAGGAUAUUUUAAAAACAAAGCUGGCCAUGACAUAAAUUAUGUAGCUAUGUCAGGUAUAUUGUCACUGUUUAGUAAAAAUAAACAACCUCCCUUGGUGCCUGUUAACAUUGUUGCUGAUUUUGCUGGGGGUAGUUUAUUAUGUGUCGUAGGUAUUCUCUUGGCCCUCUUAGAAAGAAGCGAAUCUGGUAAGGGUCAGGUAAUUGAUUGUAGCAUGACAGAAGGAGCAGCUUAUGUAGGCACAUGGCUCUUUAAAUCAAGAAAACUACCCAUUUGGCUUGGAGAACCUGGAACAAAUAUGUUAGAUGGAGGAGUUCCAUUUUAUUCAACAUAUGAAACAAAAGAUGGUAAAUUUAUGGCAGUAGGGGCUUUAGAGCCCAAAUUUUACAAAAAUUUGCUUAAAGGAUUGCAAUUAUCUGAGAUUGAAUAUAAGCAAGGAAUAAAUCUGGAGAGUUGUAAAAAGAAGUUUCAGGAGGUAUUUUUGACAAAAACACAAGAAGAAUGGUGUAAAAUAUUUGAUAAACUAGAUGCUUGUGUCACUCCUGUUCUAAAUAUUGACAAUGUUGAUACACACGACUGUAAUAGGUCGCGGAAUUCAUUUUACAGAGAUUAUGAUAAUUUUAUUGUGCCAGAACCAUCACCGAAAUUGUCUCGAACACCUGGUAUUUCAUCUGGAAAAAAACCAUCACCAAAAUCUGGAGAACAUACAAUUCAAGUAUUAUUAGAGUUAGGAUACAGCUACCUUGAAAUUGAAGAGUUAAUAAGUGGAGGUUUUAUAUAUGCCAAUAAAAAAUCAAGGUUAUAA